ACGAGAAAGAAGUGGUUACCAUGGAGACAACACAACAAUAUAUCCCCUCUUGUCACACGCUAGCUUUAGCCGUCUCACUAAUAAAGGAAUGGCGCCAUGACGAGCGUUGUUUUGACGCCAUGACAUGUCAGUUCGCCAGUAGAAGAAAGAAAUUGUGACUUCGGUGUCGUUCGGGUCGAACGGGAGGCUCGGAACCAAAAGUUGUGACGAUGACGGGACUGCCGAGGGAUGUAAUAAGAUGGCUGCAGAACUUAGAACUGUCCGUCCAGCCGAUGAACGUACGCAGAGAUUUUUCCAGUGGCUACCAUGUUGCUGAGAUCUUUUCCCGUUAUUACCCAAGAGAAUUCGAAAUGCUUUCCUACAGCAGAGGGCUUUCUCUUUCUGCUAAGCUGGACAACUGGAACAAAAUAAGACGGUCCUUACAGAAGCUGCGUCUGCAUUUGAUGGAGAAGAUCGUUUACGGAACCCUCCACUGUAAGGUGGGAGCGGCCGAAUUGUUGGUGCAGCAGGUUUAUACCAUCCUGACCAAGCACAGGAUUAGAGGACUUCCCAGCCUCGAGAUGGACUUCACCGACCAGAAGCACCAGAAGCUUCUCCCCACGGUGGCCCGCCCCACGGCCAACACGACCCUGAAUAGCAACCUGAGGCUCACGGAGAUAAUGGCCCUCCCCGAUACACGCACCAACCAGCGGAGGGCGGAGGCCAUCAUCUGCAAACAUCUGCAGGAUAAGGCGGCACAGACGCUUCCCGAGCGCGCAGGGCGCUCAAACCUCAUCAAGCCCAGACUCACACAGAUGACAUCGAAUGGAGAUGAAAAGCACUCGUCUGGAGAUAAUACACCAAAGCUAUGCUCCCAGUCAACGCUGGGUGUCGCUGUUUCCUCCUACAAGACAAUCACAGUGAACCAGCCCCCCAGAAGAUAUGUUCACAGCUGUUAGAAAAAUGCAUGAUUUUAUUUAUUAUAUUAAUUUCAUCCUCUCUAGCAAGCGAUGUACCAUAAACAUACUGUAGUAUUUAUUACGUGUAGUAUUUAUUAUAUGUAGACAUGACCUGCAGUUUGGCUUGUGCCUCCCAUUGUCAAGCAUCAUGUUUGGUUAGUAUCUACCACUAGGUGGCAGCAUUGGAUUGGUACUGUUAUGUUCCAGUCCUCCGACGGAAAUAAAUCACUGCAU